AUGGAAUUUCACUUUGCUCCAUCGAAUGUUUCGAAAUUCAUUUUCCUAGUCACUUUACUCAUCGUCACAACAAACGCACAAAACAAUAAUCUAUUCUCCGACAUAUGUCCGAAAUCGAAAAACCCUAGUGCGUGUCUCUCUCUUCUGAAACACGAUAAUAGGACCAACAAAGCCACUUCGGUUCAAGCUCUCGGAAUCGGCUCUCUGAGUAUAGCAAUAGACCAAUCCAUAUUAUCGGUGAAUCUUCUAGAUAAUUCACUUAGAAAAAAAUUUCUUCCCGAUAAAGAGACUUAUUUGUAUGUAAAUUGUCGCAAUUAUUACAAGUUUGCCCUGGUGAGGCUAAGUGAAGCGAAAAAGGAAUUUGGAGAUAAUAAAUUUUCGUCUGCAAGAAGAAAAGUUGCGGUAGUAGUAAAUGCGGCCGCUUCUUGCCGAAGAAUCGGGUCACCGCCACCUGGAAUUAAAAGUGCGAUUGAUAUGUCGGAUAUUAUGUUUAACAUUGCUUAUGUUAUCAUGCAGGAGGCCGAUGGCAAGAAAAUCUGA